UACUGCAGCACCGGUGAUGCUACUGCGAAUGCUACACCCGUUCUAGUAGGUGAUUCAUCUGGUAGAAAAAGAAGGAGAACGAGUGAGGAGCUGGCCCCGAUAACUGCAGCUGAUACACACACCCCUUGGGACAAAGCCGAAUUAUCAAACAGGAUGCAACAAAUAACAGAUCAGUUACAAGUCAUCCGAGGGGACGUGAGUGAGGUUUUGAAGCUAUAUGGAUUAUACUCUGCUUCAAGUUCGAAUCACAGCGCGAGUACACCCGCAAACCAGCACCUAAGAACAUCAAGUCUCGCUCCACGAAAAGUGUAUGGGAGAGUUAUAGAAAGGAACUACAUCAUGCAGUUGAUCGCAGAAAACAAAUCCGAUGGCGUAACUAUUCUGCCUAUUGUAGGCAUUGCAGGUGUUGGGAAGACGGCUCUCACUCAACUUGUAUACAAUGACCCGGAUGUGGAAAGCUUAUUUGACCAUAGGAUAUGGAUUUCAGUGUCUCGCAACUUUGACGAAAUCAGGUUCACAAUGGAGAUGUUGAGCUUUGUUUCUCAAGAAAGACAUGAAGGAACUAACUGCUUUGCGAGGCUUCAGGAGAACUUGAAAAGCCAUGUCAAAUCGAAGAGGGUCUUACUUAUUUUGGAUGACGUGUGGGAUGACAAGAACGAUUGCCGAUGGAACCUGCUGCUGGAUCCAUUUAAGUCCGACAGUUCAAACGGCAAUGUCAUUCUUGUGACGACCAGAAAAUCGUCUGUUGCAAAAAUGAUGGGAACAACUGGGCCAAUUAAUUUGCACGCACUGGAAAAUGAUGAUUUCUGGUUAUUAUUCAAAUCGUGUGCAUUUGGUGAUGGGGACCAUGAAGGUCCUCCAAAUCUAAGCACUGUUGGACGGAAAAUAGCAGACAAGUUAAAGGGCAACCCAUUAGCAGCAAUAAGUGCAGGGCGACUAUUAAGAGAUGAUCUUAGCAUUGAACAUUGGAGUAACAUCCUCAAAAAAGAAAACUGGAAAUCAUUGGGACUCAGUGGAGGCAUCAUGUCUGCUUUGAAGCUGAGCUAUGAUGAGUUGCCAUACCAAUUACAGCAAUGCAUCUCAUAUUGUUCUAUAUUUCCUGACAAAUAUAUGUUUCUUGGUAAGGAUUUGGUCUACAUUUGGAUUUCUCAGGGAUUUGUGCAUUGCAACCAUUUAAGUAAGAGAUCUGAGGAGACAGGAUGGGAAUAUCUAAAUGUUUUGGUAAACAUGGGAUUUUUUCAGCAAAUUGAAGAACAAAAGGAAUUGGAUGAGGAAGAAGAGUUCUCUCUACAUCGUCAGAUUUGGUAUUCUGUGUGUGAUCUCAUGCAUGAUUUUGCGAGGUUGGUUUCAAGGGCUGAAUAUGCAAUUAUAGAUGGUCUACAAAGCAAUAAAAUGUUGCCAACUAUAUACCAUCUUUCAAUAAUAACUGAUUAUGCAUACAACAAAGAUCGGCAUGGGAAGAUUCCUCGUAAUGAGAAGUUUGAAGAAAAUCUGAGAAAUUCAGUUACAUCAGUUACCAAAUUGAGAACAUUGGUUGUACUUGGGAACUUUGACUCUUUCUUUGUACAGUUGUUCCAAGAUAUAUUCCAGAAGGCACAUAAUUUGCGCCUGCUGCAAGUAUCUCCAGCAUCCACUUAUCCGUUUCAAGUGCCUGCAGCAUCCGCUGAUUUUAAUUCCUUCCUGUGCAGUUUGGCAAAUCCUUUGCAUCUUCGUUAUAUAAAACUUAAGUGGUACGGGGUUGUGCCACAAGUUUUGUGUACGUUUUUUCAUCUUCAAGUAUUAGAUGUUGGCUCAAACAUGGAAACUUCUCUACUCAAUGGCUUGCAUAAUCUUGUUAGCCUGCGACAUCUUAUUGCAUACAAGAGAGUCCAUUCUUCCAUUGCUAACAUUGGUAACAUGACAUCUAUCCAGGAGCUACAUGAUUUUAAGGUUCGAAUUUCUACCGGCUUUGAGAUUACACAACUCAAAUCCAUGAACGAGCUUGUUCAACUUGGAGUGUCUCAACUUGGCAGUGUUAAAACCUGGGAGGAGGCUUAUGAGGCAGGACUAAGAAACAAAGAACACUUAGAGGAGCUUCAUUUGUCCUGGAAUGAUACAUUUCCAGAGAACGAGUCUGUCAGCGACACUAGACCUGAAUCUUCUGUAAACAUGGCAAGAGAAGUGAUUGAUGGUCUUCAACCACAUAUGGAUUUAAAGCAUCUACAAAUAUCUGGGUAUAAUGGUACUACUUCACCAACUUGGCUUGCCAAGAAUAUCUCAGUUACCUCCUUGCAGACACUUCAUCUUGAUGAUUGUGGAGGAUGGCAAAUACUUCCUUCACUAGAAAGUCUUCCAUUGCUUACAAGGUUGAAAUUGAGAAGCAUGCAGGAAGUAAUACAAGUAUUGGUUCCUUCACUGCAGGAGUUAGAUUUAGGUGAAAUGCCAAAGUUGGAGAGAUGUUCAUGCUCUUCUGUGGGGCGUAUGAGCUCUAGCUUAAAAGAACUGCAGAUCAGGGAUUGUCCAGCACUGAAGGAGUUUGAUCUAUUUGAGAACAAUAAUAAAUUCGAAAUCAAGUGUUGCUCAUGGUUGCCUUCUCUUAGAAAAUUAAUUCUGUGUCAUUGCCCUCAAUUGAAAGUGCUGAAGCCUCUUCCGCCUUCAACCACCUGUUCUGAAUUACUCAUCAGUGGAGUUUCAAUGCUUCCAGAUAUGGAGGGGUCAUCCAGCGGGAAUUUACGUAUUGGGUAUAUUGAUCAGUAUACAUACAUUGAUACUGAUGAAUAUUCUUAUCUGUUGAGGAUACUGGAUGAAAGUUUUUUGGCGUUCCGUAAUCUUGGAAACCUUAAAUCAAUGAAGAUAUGUGGUCAGAAAAACCUGAGGUCUUUUUCUUUCGAAGGUUUUAGUCAUCUCACCUCUUUAAAGAGUUUGGUAAUAACAGGGUGUGAAAAACUUUUCUCUUCAGAUGUGACGCAGCCUACCCUUGAAGAUGUGACAGCCUUCCCUUCACUUGGAAGUCUCACUAUUAAGUCAUGUGGAAUAGCAGGGAAGCAGCUAUCUCUGAUGUUGCAACAUGCACCGAAUUUAGAGGAAUUGGAUUUAAAAUCACUAGAAAUACUGACGGAGGACUUGUCAUCAGGAGAUCCAGGUGAUGCAUGGUCAGCAAGAAAGAAAGACUUUUACAUUCCAUUAAAUCUAGCCUCCUCUCUCAAGAAGAUAACUACGAAGUCCUGCCCUGGUCUAACAUUUAUUAAGUGGAGCGACAAAGGCUUCUCUGGAUUCGCCUCCCUUGAGAUGCUGCCAUCACUUGAAGAACUUGAGGUCAAUGGGUAUUACUCCCCCAGAACGCUGCAAUCCUGCUUUCGUAGGCAUAGAACCAGCCUUAAAAAGUUAGUGGUAGAGUGGGCUCAUGAUUUGCAUACUAUACAUCUGCGUUCAUGCAUGGCGCUGGAAAAAUUAGAGAUUCGAUACUGUCGAUCGCUCAAAGCACUAGAGGGCUUGCAGUUCCUUGGCAGACUCACGCAUUUGAAUGUAUCAGGCUGCCCUGGUUUGGUGCAUCAAGACGGGAAUGCUGACCAGGCGAACGGAAAAUGGCUCCUCCCAACAUCACUUCGCGAACUUAAAAUCAGUAAUAGCUCUUCCCAUGGAACCCUGAAACCUUGCUUUCCUACAUAUAGCACUAGCCUUGAAACUUUGGAGGUACGAAUAUGUCCAGAUUUGCAAUCUAUACAGUUGGACUCAUGCACAGCACUCGACGAGUUGAAGAUUGGAUUAUGUAGAUCGCUCACUGCACUAGAAGGCUUGGAAGCCCUUGGCAGCAUCAGGCAUUUGGAUGUAUCAGACUGCCCCGGCUUGAAAUCAUGUUUGGAGAGCUUUUCAAGGCUGUGCCCUCGGCUGGAAACGCUUUGCAUCAAUGAUACGUCUGUCCUUACCACGUCAUUCUGCAAGCACCUCACCUCCUUGCAACGCUUACAACUUGCGAGGUCGAGGCAAGUGAAGAGAUUAACUGAUGAGCAAGAGCGGGCGCUUGUGCUCCUCAAGUCCCUGAAAGAGCUCAAGUUUUCUGAAUGUCAUGCUCUCGUAGAUCUUCCUGCCGGGCUGCAAAACCUUCCUUUCCUCAAGAUUUUGAAGGUACGCAUUUGUCCGGGCAUCUCAAGGUUGCCGGUAACAGGCCUCCCACUUUCGCUGGAAGAACUGGAAAUCUAUAGUUGCAGCAAGGAGCUAGCGGAUGAAUGCAGGCUGCUAGCAACAAGCAAGCUAAAUGUCAAAAUUGAUUGGUGUUUUUGAAUUGAUUACUGGAGGCCAUGGUAAGAAAUAUUUCUGCACACACAACAUAUAUAGCUCGGUUGCUUUUGAGGCAAUCUUCUGCGAUAUAUCCUCAAACCUGACAUACCCUCAUAAACCCGUCCCUCGUCGUCAUGGUUGCGCUUGAAGGCUUUGUGAUUCUGAACAUGAAGUAGCAGAUGGGUCCUGUGUAUCAGUUGUGCGUGCGUGUGUCUCUGAGCUUGAUGUAUAUUUGCUUCCAUAGUCCCCUUUUUUAAUCUGUUUGGUAUGCCUAUGCUAAAUAUAUUAUGUUAUAAUGUGAGUUGACAUACUCCCUAAAUGUACAGUGUGUUUAUUCUAAAACAAGGUGUCUUUGAAGGAAUUCAAGCCACUUCAUAUUUUCUUGUUUGUUCAAUAUGAUGAUUAAUUCUCAUCUCCUUCCCUACAUAGGGAACUACAAAAAGGACCCAAAGAUGCAUUGGAUUGUUCUCUCACUACUGCCUUUCGAAAUAUUCCUCAGUACCUCUGUCCUCUCUUUUUGUUCAAAGUAUAACUCUUUUUGAGUCUGUUUGUGAUGCUUGACAAGUCAUAUGCAUGAAUAAUGUUGCUCCUUAUCUGGAGCACUUACAUCAACUGGUAGCUUGCUUUGAUGCGUGCAUUAACAAAAGAUUAGCAAAUGUACA